AUGGCAUUCCGGGCUGCAAUAUCCCUGGCUAGUGGGACAGAGGAGUCCUUCUUCAACCUCAACUGCAGUGGCCCUCCUCCGGUCAUUGGGAUUGUGGGGGAUGCAAGCUCAACUCCUUCCAUUGCAAUUUCUAGUGUUCUAGGGCUGUUUCGAGUACCUAUACUGGUUCACUACCUCCAGAAAGUGAACUUCACCACUGGCUUUGGGGAUCAUGUAUCAUUUGAUAAGAAUGGAGAUGCUCUGGCCAUCUAUGAUGUGUUGAACUGGCAGCCGAGCUCUGAUGGGUCAAUAACGAUCCACAAGAUUGGUGUAGUAAACGAAGGGGCAGCAACAGGGAUGGUGCUUACACUGGAUGAAGAAGCAAUUUACUGGAACUUUGAGGCAAAAAAACCCCCACGGUCUGUGUGCAGCGAGAGCUGUUCCCCAGGCACCAGGCGAGCCACAAGGAAGGGCCUUCCUGUCUGCUGUUUUGACUGUCUGCCAUGUGGAGAUGGAGAGAUUUCUAAUACAACAGAUUCCAUUGAGUGCACGGCAUGUCCAGAGGACUUCUGGUCCAAUCCAGAUAAGGAUCAGUGUGUCCCUAAAGAAGAAGAGUUUCUAUCCUAUGAGGAAACUCUGGGCAUCUCUCUGACCACUGUUUCCUUGCUAGGCACCUGCUUCUGUGCUCUUGUGAUGGUCAUUUUCGCUCUUCACCGUAACACUCCCAUAGUACGUGCCAACAAUUCAGAGCUCAGCUUCCUGCUGCUGUUAUCACUCAAACUGUGUUUCCUGUGUGUGCUACUGUUCAUUGGCCAGCCUCAGCUGUGGACAUGUCAGUUAAGACAUGCUGUGUUUGGCAUAAGCUUUGUCCUGUGUGUCUCCAGCAUCCUGGUCAAGACUAUGGUGGUAAUAGCUGUGUUCAAGUCAUCUCGACCAGAGGGCAAAGGUGCUAUGAAGUGGUUUGGAGCAGUUCAACAAAGAUGCACAGUUCUGAUCCUAACAGCCCUCCAGGUUGUCAUAUGUGCAGUUUGGCUCUCAACUGCCUCUCCAACACCCCAUAAAAACAACCAGUAUAUCCGCUCUAAAAUAGUAUACGAAUGUGCUAUUGGCUCAGUGGCUGGUUUUUCUAUGCUGCUGGGAUACAUUGGACUGUUGGCAGCAGUAAGCUUCCUUUUAGCUUUUCUGGCGAGAAAUCUUCCAGAUAAUUUUAAUGAAGCAAAGUUCAUCACUUUUAGUAUGUUGAUCUUUUGUGCUGUGUGGAUUGCAUUUGUUCCAGCAUAUGUGAGCUCUCCAGGGAAAUAUGCAGUUGCUGUGGAGAUAUUUGCUAUUUUAGCUUCCAGUUUUGGAUUACUGGUGGCCAUAUUUGCUCCAAAGUGUUACAUCAUCCUUUUGCAUCCAGAGAGAAACACUAAAAAAGCCAUGAUGGGAAGAGAGACACAAAAGAAAUAGUUUUACGUUUCUAUUUCUAUUUUCAUCUACAUGUACAAAGCAGUUAAAUGCAUACUGUUCUGUAGUAUUACAAUUAUUAAAAUUAAUUUGUUUGCUUUAAAAAAAAAAAAAAAAAACUGAUUAUGAAUUAAUUUGUCAUUUUGUCAUAUUGACUUUUAUAAAUUUUGUCUGCUUCAGAGGUUUACCCCCUUUACAUGUUCAUUCUUGUAAAAUUGUUUGAUUUAAUAAAUGAAUGAGAAAAGAAUGUUUGCCAGUGCAACUUUAUUACAGAAAGUCAAAAAUCAAAAAGUUUGUGACAUGACACAUUUAAUUCAUUUGUGUCAUUCCCAUGAGAAAUGCACAGUGGCCUAGUAGGGCAUAACACAAUGAAAAU